CCCAAACCUUCCCAACCCCUCGCUCUCGCCGCCGCCGCUGCCUUCUCUACUGCCCCGCCGCAGCCAUGGUGAAGUACUCGACGGAUCCCGCCAAUCCCACCAAGUCCGCCAAGGCCAUGGGCCGGGACCUGCGUGUUCAUUUCAAGAACACUAGGGAAACAGCGUUUGCCCUGAGGAAGAUGUCGCUCAACAAGGCCAAGAGGUACCUUGAGGAUGUGUUGGCACACAAGCAAGCCAUCCCCUUCCGGAGGUACUGCCGUGGUGUUGGACGCACAGCCCAGGUGAAGAACCGUCAGCCCAAUGGUCAGGGACGCUGGCCUGCCAAGUCUGCUAAGUUCGUUCUGGAUCUUCUAAAGAAUGCUGAGAGCAAUGCUGAGGUGAAAGGUCUUGAUGUUGAUGCUCUCUACAUUUCACACAUCCAAGUGAACCAGGCCCAGAAGCAGCGGCGCCGGACCUACCGUGCCCAUGGACGCAUCAACCCCUACAUGUCCAACCCAUGCCACAUUGAGCUGAUCUUGUCGGAGAAGGAAGAGCCGGUGAAGAAGGAGGCUGAAUCCCAGAUUGCCAGGAAGGCCUAGAGAAGGAAGCUCUACAUAACCUAUCUGCCUAUUCGUUAGAGCAGUUUGUAGCAUCUGGUCUGGCUGAGUCGAAAUUUUUGGCCUGUUAUCUGUCGUCUAAAUACUGCUAGCUCAUACUUUGUGAAACCUUUUGAUGAUCGUCUCAUGUACUGGAUUCAAUCUGGUUGUGUUUUGGAAUAUUUUUCAUCGUAUGAGUGCUAGUUUGCUAUUAGCAACUCC